AUGGCCAAGCAAACGCUAUUCUGGAUUCAUGUUUCCUGCCUGAUACGUGUCCGCAGGCCUGACGCCAUCCCCAAAACUGGUGCACAGGAGCACUGUGGGAUCCCUACCCCGUACCAAUCACGUGACAAAACCGGUCGAUCGUCGCAAAUUCCCGGCUGUAGCUGGCUGGCCAAUGACAGUGGCGUAAUUACGUAUUACAAAUGCAGAACGUUCCAGACAGCCUGUCCAUGA